AUGGCACAAGGACGCAAGAAAUCCCUCUUGAUCGGAAUCAACUACGUCGGCAGUCAACACGCCCUGCAAGGAUGUCACCAGGAUGUCGAGAACAUGCGCGAGUUUCUUGGCGCCAUGGGUUAUCCGAACGAUGCUCGAUCUCAGGUCGUGUUGCGAGACGACCGGCGCACUGAUCCUCAGGGGCCGUUCUGGCCAAACGGACACAACAUGAUGGCUGCGUUUCAAUGGCUGGUAAGUCAAUGGCGGUUUGAGCGACGACUGAGUGUGCUCAUAUCAUGUGAAGGUCUCGGAACCAGGAACGACGAACUUCUUGCACUACAGCGGCCACGGAGGCCAAGUCGAAGACACUAGUGGUUCGCGCGUGUCCGGCUUCAACGACACCAUCGUCCCAUUCGAUUACGAACGAAACGGCCAGAUCCCCAGCGGCACUCUUCAUCGAGCACUUGUUACCUCUCUACCCCCUCAAAGCACCCUCUUCAUCAUCUUGGACUGCUGCCAUUCCGGUUCCGCAGUAGAGCUUCCGUUCAUCUACCGAUCUGACGAGGAUGGGAACGUCUCGAUGCUCGACAAUGUGCAGGCCGGUAUGCAUCUCAUGGGCGCUGCUUCUCAUCUGAUUCAAGGCGGCUUCACCAUCGACAAAGUCAGCGAGGCAAAGCAGCUCUUCGCUGGCGCUCAGGACUUCUUCAAGGGCAUCAUGCACAGGCCACCAGAGACGGAUCAGUACGGUCUGUCUCAGGAAGACUUCGCCCAGCAGUAUGAUCGGGAACAGCCCAAACAGGUGAUUAUGUACUCUGGCUGUCGGGAUGACCAGACUUCGGCGGAUGCUUCUAUUGCAGGCUCUCACGUAGGCGCCAUGUCCUGGGCUUUCCUAGAAUGCAUAAAGCAGUCUGGUACAAGGCAGAGUUACCUUCAAGUCUUGACGAGCAUACGACAGAUUCUAGCUGGUCGGUAUCAGCAGGUACCUCAAUUGAGUGUUGAUUAUGAGCAGGAUCUCAAUUGGGGUAUCAGGAUAUGA